UCAAUAUUAAAAUUUGUAUUUAUCGUGUUAAAAACAAAUAAAUACCUUACAACAUUGUUUCCAUUUUAAAUCCAAUUUUUAUGAGGUUUUUAAUAAUUAGACAAAUGUAAUAGUAUUUUAUAUACUUGAGCUGUUUUGUGCAAAAAAUCUGAGUGAAAUUUAUGUUUGAACAUUUACUACAAUAGUUAAAACAGAAAAGAGUAAUAUUGUUUAAAAUAACACUUUAUAUACAUUUCAAUUAUGGACGAAGCAAAAUUUUUAUGACAUGUGGAUUAGUUUUUAAUAAAAAAGAUGACUGAAAAACAUCAACAAAAGUUAUUAAGAGUUUGCAGAAUUUGUGGAAAUUUAACAGGAAAAGACUCUCUAACAACUGCCAGUAGGACUGAAAGAAUAUUUAAUGUUUUUAAAAUAAAUACUAAAGAAGAUUGUGUAGAGGUUCAUCCACCACAAAUGUGCCUAAAAUGUUAUUCAACUAUGAAGAAUAUUGAAACACAAGGAAAUAAACUAUCUAAGAUUAAACCAAAAAUUUGGUUAAAAUGUCCAACAAAGGAGUGUAUGUGUAUUUAUGGUAAGGUUGGUCGAAAACCAUCUCCAAAUGUUGGACGGCCAGGAGUUUUUAAAAGAUGGACACAACUAAAUAUAAACUUGUUUCUUGAAUCCUUGCCCUUACCUUUAAACAAAAAAGAAAUUUCUGAAUUCAAUAUUCAGCUAAACCCACAUAUAACAUUAUGUAUUUGUAAAGUUUGUGGGAGGAUAAUGCAUCAACCAGUCAUGAUCAAAGAUUGUCAGCACUCGUUUUGUAGUCAAUGUAUUAUAUCAAUUAUUAAAGGUAAGCUAGAAAAUGAAGCAAGAUGUCCUGUUUGUUUAACCUGCAUUAUGGUUAAUAGCCUUUGUAGUUCUGUUCAUGUAUUGGAGAUGAUUGAACAUUUGUAUAUUGCAUGCAAGAUUUGCGAAAAAAACUUUAUUAAAGACAAGUAUGAAAAUCAUGAGUGCAAAAAAGAUCAUUUAUUAAAUAAUUCCAGCACAAUAGUUGAUGAUUUAUUUAAAGUUGAUAAGUCAAGUCAUAUUCCACGUAAUAUUGAAGAUGCAGUGUUGCAUGUAAUUAAACAAAAAAUGGAGAAUUCAAAAACAACUACAAUUGAAUUUUUAUCUGGUGGCCCAAGAGUAAGACCCCUUUGCUUAACUGUUAUGCCCAAAGCCUACAAGGAAAGUGCAUCUUGCAGUGGUCAUACCUUGAGAAAAAGACACAAACACCUAGUGGACCAAGCUAAUCAUCAAGUUGGAAAUUCAAAAGAUUCACUAGUAGUGCAAACAUCAGUUAUGCUUAAAUCAUUUGAUCACAAUCAAAAAAAUAAAGUUUUAGAAAGUGCUAAGAUUGGAGUUGUUGAGUUUUCUGCUGAAGAAUUGGUUGCUUUUAAAGCAAAUGUAGGGGUACCGUGGAAUAAAUUAAAAACUAUGACUAGAUGGUUAAACUCAAGAAAUAUUAAGACUGCUUCAAACUUUAAACAAAGAGUAGUUGCAAAUACCUGGGCAGGAAAUGAUCUUGUUGUAUUAAAUGGAGAUUUUACAUUUCAAAAUGAAAAUAAUAAGUCAGUUUUUGAAAUCAAACAUGCUCCCUGGGCAUACAUAGACAAUCUACCCACUAAUAUUAAAAACCUGUUAGAUAUUCUUGAAAGUUUUAAGUUAAUAAAACAUGAUGGAAUAAAAAAUGAUGAAAUACACAUAAAAAUUGGAGGAGACCAUGGAGGUGGUUCAUUUAAAAUGAGUUACCAAAUUGUAAACCAAGACCAACCAAACUCAAAAUCAAAUAGUAUUGUAUUCAGUACAUUUGAAGCAAGAGACUACCGAACUAAUCUUAAAGUAGGGUUAUCUCGAUAUACAUUACAAGUUGAUGAGAUACAAAAAAUGAUAUGGCAAAAUCAUAAUGUUCGUGUUUUUAUAUUUGGAGAUUAUGAUUUCCUUUGCAGUGUAUAUGGAAUCACAGGAGCGAGUGGUCGACAUUGCUGUCUUUUUUGUGAUAUAACCAAAGAAAGUAUCCAGUUGGCUCCAAUUAGUAGAGAGAAUGGUGUUUCACAACGAUCUCUAAAAUCUUUAAACAUUGAUUUUAAUCGAUUCCAAAGUAGUGGAGGAAAUUUGAAAAAGGCUAAGUUUUUCAAUAAUGUGAUUAAUGAAACUUUGUUUCACAUUCCUCUAGACCAGGUAGCAGUACCUGCUUUACAUAUAUCUUUAGAAACCUAUUUGAAGUUUUUAACAUGUUUGAAGAUGAAUGUCACUUGUUAGAUAUCAAACUUGCUGGAGAGCUUGCACUAAAAAAUAAUACAAUUGGUAAAGAUGAUUUUGACAAAUACAUUAAUAUGCAUAUUCAAUCAAAUCUUAUAAAAAGUGUUAUUGAGGACUGUGAUAAUAAAAUUACACUUUUACAAGACACAAUUUCAUUAAAAGUUUUAUGUGAACCAGACAGAACAGAAGAAAUAAGGAAAGUAUAUGCACCAAGAAUACUUUACUAUGAUUUAAAAAAAACUGAUAAGGUCCCUGCAUUCAGCAACUUGAUGAAAUUUUAAAGGCUAAUCAGGUA